UGGAACUCCGAGUGUGAGGACAUGGCUCUGCCAGUUUGUGCCAUCUUCGCGGCGCCACGUCCGGCGCCGGUGUAUAGUACUUUAGAGCGUGGCGCCAGCGACGGUAUUUUAAAGAAUGGCCUCGCUGGGCGCUUCCUCCAUAGUGUUCACGGUGAGAAGCUCCAUGGACGCCGAGAGUGGAUCCAAGGCCUCGAAUGGCAACAGCAAGAGCGCUAGCGUGCGAGUUGGAAGCUCGGGCAAGCCUCUCCACACCACCCUCGCCGGAGCUCCAGUCUCGGACGAUAACAACAGUGUGACUGUAGGACAGAGUGGACACCUUUUGUUUGAAGACGUCCAUUUGUUUGAGAAGCAAGCACGGCUCAACCGUGAGAGAGUUCCCGAGCGCUUCGUCCAUGCCAAAGGUGCCGGAGCUCAUGGAUACUUCGAAGUUACAAAGGACGUAUCAAACUUGUGCAAGGCAAAGUUCUUGAGCGAGCCCGGAAAGAGGACCCCCGUUUUCGCCAGGUUCUCGAGCGUGGCGGCCGAGCGUGGAUUCACCGACCUUGCGCGAGAUGUCCGAGGCUUCGCGGUUAAGUUUUACACCGAGGAGGGGAACUGGGACAUGACCGGGAAUAACACGCCAGUUUUCUGGGUCCGGGACCCUCUCAAGUUUCCCGACUUUGUCCACUCGCAAAAGAGGAACCCCAAGACCAACGCCAAAGAUCCAAACGCGUUCUGGGAUUUUCUGAGCUUGGUUCCCGAGUCCAUGCAUCAGCUUUUGAUCACAUUCUCGCCUCGAGGAGUGCCGGCUACAUAUAGAAACAUGAACGGAUACGGCUCGCAUACUUUCAAGUGGGUCAACAAGGAGAGGAAAGCUCACUGGGUGAAGUUCCAUCUCGUCACGGAGCACGGCAUCAAAAACUUGACCCACGAAGAGGCCGUGAGUCUCUCGGGGUCUAAACCAGACUAUGCGACCGAGGAUCUCUUGACUAGCAUAGAGGAAGGGAACUUCCCGGCCUGGAAGUUCUACGUCCAAGUUAUGCCGCUGGAGGACGCUCCAAAGUAUAAGUGGGAUCCUUUCGACUUGACAAAGGUGUGGUUGCACAAGGAUUAUCCCCUCAUGGAAGUUGGCAGGCUCGUUCUCGAUAGAAAUGUCGAAAACUAUCACGCGGAAGUGGAGCAAGCGGCAUUCUCUCCAGGAAGCUUUGUUCCUGGGAUUGAGGCUUCCCCGGACCGUAUACUCCAGUCCCGGCUCUUUGCUUACGACGACGCUGCUCGAUACAGAAUUGGGACAAACUUCCACGACGUUCCGAUCAACAAACCCAUUGUGAAAGUCCAGACAUAUUCUCGAGAUGGAGCGAUGGUUGUCUCGGACAACGGCGGCAGCAAACCCAAUUACUAUCCGAACUCGUACGACAACUUGCCUCAAAACGACCCGACUCAGCCGGAUGUUCACCCGUACGAGCAUGAAGGUGGAACAGUUGGCCGGUUCCCUCCAAGAAAAUGGGAAGAGCAGGACGACUACGAGCAGCCCCGUAUGCUCUGGAAACUCAUGUCCGAGGAAGACAAGGAGCAAACCGUGUCAAACAUUGCAAACCACAUCCGCGGAGCCGCCGAGUUCAUCCAAGAGCGUCAAAUGGGUCUCUUCCGGAAAUGCGACGGGGAUCUCGCGUCCAGGAUCGAGAAGAAGCUCGCGGAGAAGAAGAAGUCGCCGGAGCCGUAUACCAUGAUCGCCUAGAAGAAAGCUUGAGUUUUUUUACGUGGAAUCUCUCGAUCAUCAGUCCAUAUCUUCCAUCUUCCAGCUAAAAGAAAAAAAAAAAAAAGAGAUAUCCCAUCCACUUCUAGCACUAGAGCGUACGGAAGGCAAUGCCUCAAUGAUAUUGGCACAGCACAAGCAAAAAAGUAUCAAAGCAAUAAAAAAGUUGGCAAAUCUCU